GAUCUAGAGCCUAGAGGGGCAGUUGUAUUUCUUAAAGGAAAACACUAGUCCCACAGUUGACAGUUACAUUUAUUACCUGCACCAAACCACUGAAAGCAGCCACCAUAAUUGUACGUAAUGAUCGUCGUCCUCCAUUAAAGAAACUUUUGUCUAUUUUUCUCUCAACGAUUAACCAUGGCUGCUGCUGCAGCUUCUUCUUCGUCUUCAUUGCUCUGCUUCCCCUCUCUCCUCCUCCUAUUUUCCAUCAUUUCUUCCACCACCACCAGUAUCCGAGUGUCGCAAUUCCACGAAACCCCGCCUCCACUUCCAUACCAAAAUCUCAACUUCUUAGCCUCCUCCUCCCUAUCCAGAGCCCACCACCUCAAAGAUCCCCGAACCAACCCUCCCAACACCACCGCAUCCCCCCUCUUCUCCCAUAGCUAUGGAGCUUACUCCAUUUCUCUCAGCUUUGGUACCCCUCCCCAAACCCUCAAUUUCGUCUUCGACACCGGCAGCGACUUCACCUGGUUCCCCUGUACUCACCGCUACCUCUGCAAACAUUGCUCCUUCUCCUCCACCAGAAGCCCGCCAUUAUCUUUCAUUCCCAAGCUCUCCUCGUCUUCCAAGAUCCUAGGCUGCCUUAACCCCAAGUGCUCUUGGAUUCACCGCUCAAACUUCGAAUGCAAAGACUGCAAACCCAGCUCCAAAAACUGCACCCAGAUCUGCCCUCCCUAUCUCAUCCUCUACGGCUCCGGCACCACCGGAGGUAUCUCUCUCUCCGAAACUCUUAACCUCCCCAACCGAACCGUACAUGACUUCCUCGUUGGUUGCUCCGUUUUCUCUUCCGACCAACCCGCCGGCAUUGCCGGAUUCGGCCGCGGUCCACCAUCGUUUCCAAGCCAACUGGGUCUCAAGAAAUUUUCUUACUGCCUUCUCUCUCAUCGUUUCGACGACACCACCAAAAGCAGCUCUCUCGUGCUCGACACCGACUCGGACUCCGGAAAGGUCCAAGGUUUAAGCUACACCCCGUUCGUAAAAAAUCCACAAGUCUCUCAACACCCCGCAUUCUCGGUUUACUACUACGUGGCCCUCCGGCAAAUCAGCGUCGGAGGGCGGCGCGUGAAGAUUCCCUACAAGUACCUCACUCCGCAACCUGGUGGCAAUGGCGGAACCAUCGUCGACUCUGGGACAACCUUCACGUACAUGUCACGUGACGUCUUCGAGCUCGUGGCGGCCGAGUUCGAGAGGCAGGUGCAGGAGAAGUACGAGAGGGCUAUAGGAGCAGAAGCUCGGACAGGUCUGAGGCCGUGUAUGAAUGUUACCCACGGGAUAUUGGAUGGGCUAUCGUUGCCGGAGCUGAGGUUUCACUUCAAGGGUGGGGCCGAGAUGGCGUUGCCGCUGGAUAAUUAUUUUGCGUUUGUGAGGGACGACGGCGGCGGGGCAUCGGCGCUAUGCUUGACGGUAGUGACUCAAGGUGUUGCCGGUGAAGGAGAAUUUUCGGGGGGGCCAUCCAUAAUCUUGGGUAAUUUCCAGAUGCAGAAUUUUUACGUGGAGUAUGAUCUGGCGAAGGAGAGGUUUGGGUUCCGGCGACAGUCAUGCAAUUAGCCAAUUAGUUGCCAGAAUGUCACAAUUAGAUCGAUAUUGGAAUAAUAUGACUCACCCAUUUUAAUUGAGUUUUUUAUUUAAUAAUAAGUGUUGAAUUUAUUUUACUCAAA